AUGAAUGAGCUACUGGAAAUCAUUCGAAUUCAUCGCAACUUUAAAUGUUGUGUCGGUUGUUGUUGGUGUGCAAAUGCUGAUUGUUGUGCACAUGAAGUAUAUGUUGAAUCCCCGCCCGGUGUUCUUGUUGGUACUGUUAGACAAGAUUACUGGCGUGGUCAUUUAACGUUGAGAGAUGCAACAGGACAAGAUAUACUAAAAGCGCUUGGACCCUGUUGCAUUUGUAACGGCCCUUUGUGUUGCUGUUGUGAAAAUAAAUUUACGUUGUUUACCCGUGAUGGACAGGAGGAAAAAGGUGCUAUAUACAAACAAUAUGCUGGAUUUGUUAAUGAAGCGUUUACAAAUGUUGAAAAAUAUACAAUUGAAUUUCCCAUAGAAUUAACGGUUCAAAUGAAAGCAGUUGCAUUAGCCACAUUAUUUCUUGUUAAUUUUAUGUAUUUUGCUGGCAGAAAAAACGAACAAACCGGUGCUGAUACAGCAUGCGAUAUUCUCUCUUGCUUGUGUUAG